AUGACACAAUCAAUCUAUUCGAACUAUCCCCCCGAUUUGUCUCCAGAUCAACAGAAGUUCCUGGUCACAGCCGUAAAAGACUGGGCGAUUCAAAAUGGUCUUGCUGUGCGCCCAUCUCCGGCAGUCGUUUCUUCUGAAGCAAAUCCAAAUGGCGUAUUGGCGACAAAUGCGCCAGUGACUCUGUUUCCUAGUCCGUUUCCCAGGGCUUGUUUCGAUGAAGCAAUUGCUCUCCAAGAAAUCUACAACAAACUCUAUGCCUCAAUCACUUGCAACGAAGAAUGGCUCGGGGUAAUUGUCAAAGGGCUCAUCGAAGUUGAUGAUUUUGUUGCAAACUUAUGGAAAGUGCAUCAAGCUGUGCAGAAAGAGGGAUACGUCCAAAAUUUGUCACUGGGCCUCUUCCGGUCCGAUUAUAUGGCCCAUGUGUCGCCUACGGGUGCCCCUGCUUUGAAGCAGGUUGAGUUCAACACAAUUUCGUCGUCAUUUGGGGGCCUUUCGGCUCGUGUCCGACAGAUGCAUACUGAGCUUCUUACUUCGCCACCAGGCUCAUCAAUCAACUAUCCACCCCAUCCUUUACUGCAAUCUGAGGUUCCUCCCGAGAACAAUGCAGUAGAAACCCUGUCUUCUGGUCUGGCACAGGCUCAUAAAGCCUACGGAGUGUCCAAGUCCACCCCGGCUCUUCCUCUGUGUGUCCUUUUCGUCGUCCAAGAUACGGAACGGAAUGUGUUCGAUCAACACGCCCUUUCAAAACAGCUUUCGACAGUCCACAACAUCGCAGUUUUCCGCAUCUCCAGUGUGGACAUUCUGGACCAAACCUCCAUUCCCAGCUCGAACUCCUUGCGGCCUUUGCUCUACCGACCUCCUCACUCGCCCAACUCAACUUUCGAGGUCACGACCGUUUAUCUCAGAGCUUACUACUCACCAGACGAAUACAAGUCCAGCCGUGAUUGGGAGGCUCGAACCCACCUGGAGCGCUCUGCGGCAAUCAAAUGUCCAACCGUGCUCAACCAACUGUCUGGCUGCAAGAAGGUCCAGCAGGUUCUAGCUGAACCAACAGGAGAGGAUCAUCUCUCGUCGUUUUUGAAGGAUGUCGAACCCACCCUUGUUGAGAGAGUGCGGAGCACCUUCGCCCCACAAUAUGACCUGUCAGUAAACAGCAAAGGUCGGGAACUGGCUCUUAACCCAGAAACAGCAUUGAACCAUGUUCUCAAGCCGCAGCGUGAGGGUGGCGGCAACAACAUCUACAAGUCCGAGAUUCCAGGGUUCUUGAAGUCUCUGCCAGAAACUGACUGGAAGGGUUGGGUCCUUAUGGAGCUCAUUAACCCUGCACCAGAUGCUCAAAAUGUUGCUCUACGAAGCGACGGAGAAGUCCUCCGAGGAGACGUUAUCUCAGAGCUUGGUGUCUAUGGUACUAUCUUGUGGGAUGAUACUGGAAAGAUCUUACAUAACCAGGAGGGCGGAUACCUCUUGAGGACCAAGGGCAAGGAUGUGAAUGAAGGCGGUGUUGCCGCUGGAUUCUCCAGCUUGGAUAGCGUUCUCUUGUUCUAG